AUAUUGUCUGCUGAAGCUGCCGCCGAAGCUGCCGCCGCUGCCGCCGCCAAAUAGGAGCGAGCGGAGCCGCGAUGGAGACCAUGGCAAGCCCAGGGAAAGACAAUUAUCGAAUGAAGAGCUAUAAGAACAAUGCCCUAAACCCUGAGGAAAUGAGGCGAAGAAGAGAAGAGGAGGGCAUUCAGCUCCGGAAGCAGAAACGGGAGCAACAACUUUUUAAGCGGAGAAAUGUGGAGCUGAUUAAUGAAGAAGCCGCCAUGUUCGAUAGUCUCCUCAUGGACUCCUAUGUGAGCUCUACCACUGGGGAGAGCGUGAUCACAAGAGAGAUGGUGGAGAUGCUCUUUUCUGACGAUUCUGACCUGCAGUUAGCAACCACACAGAAAUUCCGGAAACUGCUCUCCAAAGAGCCUAGUCCUCCAAUAGAUGAAGUUAUCAAUACUCCAGGAGUGGUGGAUCGGUUUGUGGAGUUUCUGAAGAGGAAUGAGAAUUGUACAUUACAGUUUGAAGCUGCCUGGGCUCUAACGAACAUUGCCUCUGGAACCUCUCAGCAGACCAAAAUUGUCAUUGAAGCAGGGGCUGUCCCCAUUUUUAUAGAGCUGCUUAACUCGGACUUUGAGGAUGUACAGGAACAGGCAGUCUGGGCACUGGGAAACAUAGCUGGAGACAGCUCCGUCUGCCGAGAUUACGUCUUGAACUGUUCCAUCCUUAAUCCUUUGCUAACGCUACUUACCAAGUCCACACGACUGACAAUGACACGGAAUGCAGUCUGGGCCCUGUCAAACCUGUGCCGAGGCAAGAACCCACCCCCAGAGUUUGCAAAGGUCUCCCCCUGUUUGCCUGUGCUGUCUCGCCUACUCUUCAGCAGCGACUCAGACUUGCUGGCAGAUGCUUGCUGGGCCCUUUCUUAUCUGUCUGAUGGCCCCAACGAGAAGAUCCAGGCAGUCAUAGACUCUGGAGUCUGCCGGAGAUUGGUCGAGCUUCUAAUGCACAACGAUAACAAAGUGGCUUCUCCUGCUCUGAGAGCUGUGGGUAACAUCGUCACCGGGGAUGACAUCCAGACCCAGGUCAUUCUUAAUUGUUCAGCCCUCCCUUGCCUCCUCCACUUGCUGAGCAGCUCCAAGGAGUCAAUCCGAAAGGAAGCUUGUUGGACCAUUUCAAAUAUCACUGCUGGCAACAGGGCUCAGAUACAGGCUGUCAUAGAUGCAAAUAUCUUCCCUGUGUUGAUUGAAAUCCUUCAGAAAGCAGAGUUCCGUACAAGGAAAGAGGCAGCCUGGGCCAUCACCAAUGCCACAUCAGGAGGAACCCCUGAACAAAUCAGGUACCUGGUCUCCCUGGGCUGCAUCAAACCCCUGUGCGACUUGCUGACUGUGAUGGAUUCAAAGAUUGUGCAAGUCGCCCUCAAUGGACUGGAGAACAUCCUCCGGCUCGGAGAGCAAGAGGGCAAGCGCAGUGGCUCAGGGGUUAAUCCCUACUGUGGCCUCAUCGAGGAAGCCUAUGGCUUGGAUAAAAUUGAGUUUCUCCAGAGCCAUGAGAACCAGGAGAUCUACCAGAAGGCCUUUGACCUCAUUGAGCACUACUUUGGCGUAGAAGAUGAUGAUAGCAGCCUGGCUCCCCAAGUGGAUGAAACGCAACAGCAGUUUAUCUUCCAGCAGCCUGAGGCCCCCAUGGAGGGCUUCCAGCUAUAAUGUCUGCCUCCGGGGAGGGGAGGGGAUGGGAAGCACCACCAACCAGCGGAAAGGCAGACCUCUGGUGGGCGGGAAACCAGCCCCCCCCCACCAUCAGCCACCACACACCUCUGCUGCCCUGGAAACUGUGCUCUUGACCUGCUCCGCCCCCUUCCCUGGAGGGAACACCCUCUGGACAGACAGAACCAUCUGAGGCUCACAUUUGGGUUUUGUGACAAGAAGGGGACGUGUUGGGUUUUUCUUCCUUACACUAGAUUUUGGCUGCACAUGUGUCUUUAACCCAGGAGCCCAGGGGUAGACAAAGGAGGACUGAGGUAAUCAAUUUUGCACCUUUUUUAUUUUUUUUUCUUUAGUGGUGACUUCCUUCCGUUUUAUCUUCCUUCAUCCUUCCCAGUCCUCUGCCCUGAUCUCUGUAACUCUUAUCUUGGGUACUUGAGCAGAUGGAAUAUUCCACAGGUCGGGGGUGGGAGGGGAGGGGAGGGGAGAAAUCCAAAACAAAGUGUUCUUGCUCGGACAGAAUAUUAAUCUUGUAUGCUUGGAUUGCGUUAUUUAAUUUUUUUUUCUUUUGCACAUUUUUCUUGUAUUACAAUUGCUCUUUCCCAGAGCCAUGAGUUCCUGGUUUUAGGAAUCCCAGCUGCCAGCAUUGUCUGGGACUAGAGGCUGAGGGGGAGGUCACCAUGAGACAAAGGCCCCUCCCUCCCUUUAACCCCUUGCCCAGACCUCUUUAGUUUGGGAGAUCCCCUUCACUCUCCUGGGGCAUGUACACCAGUGGGAGUCGGGAGAGAGGAACACAGGGCCUUCAGACGGGGCUUCCCAUGUGUCGCUACUGAUCCCAUGUUUCCUACCCACCUUCCAAUGGUGCGACCCAACUUCAUUUGUUUACUUGAAAAUUCCCCUCAGAGUUGAGAUGAACCUCUGAGGUAGCUGUAUUUUCUCCUAAGCACGUGACAGAGGGCCUGGUCCUUCCUUUCUCCUGAGGAGAAAGUCCUUGCUCUGGUGACCCAUAAAUUGCAGAGGAGGUUGGAGUGAGAGUGUCAUGUAUUGGGAUAGCCAGUGGAUCCCUGCCUUUGGCCUUUCUUCUUCUUCCUCUUCUGUAGUUGGAUCAUGUAUAUUUUACUUCCAGAGGAGAGAAUGUCAAAAAGUUCUGUAUUUUUUUAUAUUCUAUAUAUUACGUAGGUCAACCUUAAUUGGUCUCAAGAGGAAGAACUGUCUCUGUAAUUUCUGUAAGUAGGAUACUGUGAGGAAGACCAAAAAGAGAUGUGGAAGCUCUUUUGCUCAGGAAGCCUGACCUUGAUCCUUCUCCUCUCUGCUUGGGUUCCGGGCCACCACCAGGGACCACCCCUUAGCUCUGGAACCUUUAUACAGCAGGGCAGCCUGGUCUGAUUGUCCUAGUACCUGAAUGGAGGGAGCAAGGAUGGCCCCAGGGCCUGGUGAAGUCUACCACUCUAGUCCUUACCACUGAGCAUCCUGCUUACAUCAGGAAACCCAGAAAGCAGUCUGCCUCCUCAGAUUCAGUCUCAAACACCUUUGUCCACAUAAGUUAUCACAGAUGGCUGCCGUGUCUCCUAUCCGAGAAAUUUAGCAGCCUCAGGACUUUUUUUGAGAGUGAUUGAUGUCUUCCCUGAUUGGGAUCCUUGUACAUGGUUUGGAUUUUACCCUUCCUGUGACAAAUACAAUCCUAAUGCCUUUUCUGUCCCCUUUGAGUAGAGCUGCUGCAGUGCCUCAGUGGCUUGCCUGUGUGCUUCAAUGGAUUACAUGUGAUAGUAAAGCCCAGGUGUUGGGGGUGGGGUGGAGGAAGUUGUUGGCUAAGUGUAGGCCAGUGGUGGAGCUGAAGGCACAAUCUGCCCUGUCCCUGCUUCCCCACAGAGGUCGGGCAGAGGUGCCCUGCUCCAAACUGUAUUUUCCCUUCCCCAGGAACAAUGCCAUUCUUGCUCCCAUUGCUACACAUCCCCCUCUGGCUCAGGUGAAAUCCAUGCCACUCUGCUUACAGAUAAAACAUUCAGUUGUUUUUGGCCACUGGUCUUGAAUUUGCCCUCUCUUUCCAGUGUUGAGAUCCAACUCCAGAGGCAUUUUCUGAGAAAAGUGGUUGUGGCUGGUGGCUGUCACUGAAAAGUGACACCAGUGCUGUACCGCCUAAGUGAGUCAGAUGCUGCUCUGCAGGUUGGGCAUGAUAACUACCAACCCCACUCUCCCAGGUAGGCAAGGCGCAGGACCCUCUUCACUUGGCCUGCCGACUCUAUUACAAAACCAUUUUCCUACAGUU